AUGGUAAUUAAUGAGGACGUAAGUACAAUUAGUGAAACUGAAUUGAAAAAAAUAUAUUAUGAAAAUUUUAUUGAUGAGUUGAACGAUGAAGAAUUGAUGUAUAAAAAAACAGUAGAAGAUUUAUUUUACAUAUAUAAAUCUUUUGGUUUUAUUUAUUCAAUAAUUAAAAAGGCUAAUUUAUUAUUAAGUAAAGAAAAUUUUGAUACCUUUUUGAAAUCAUUGGUAAGUUUCAUUGAUGAAUUGUUUCUUAAUAAUCCAAAUUUAUUUGAAAAAGAUAAUUUGAAAUUAAACUAUGUAAAUAAGGAAAAUGAUGCAUCUAGUAAAAAGAGGAAAGGUAAUUUUGAUGAUGUGUAUGUAAACAAUAACAACGAUAAUAAUUCUUUUAUUAGUAUAAUAUCAAAAAACUAUAUAGAAGAACUUUUAAAAGAUAUUAACAAUAUAGAUGAGAAUUUUAGUGAAGUUAAUUUUGAAGACUUUUUAUUUGUUGUUAAGAAUAUCUUAAAAUUAAAAAAUAAUAUUGAUGUUGAGAAUGUUAAAGAUCGUUUCGAAAAAAUAAAAAAUAUCUUAAAUAUAGGAAAAAAUAUUUUUAAUAAAGAGGACUUUCUUAAUGAAUCAGACGAAAAGAAAAGCAAAAAAAGAGUACAUGAUCACAUUGAUGAAAUGUGGGAGAAAUUAAAAGUAAUAGAACCCAUAAUAGUGUCCCUAGUAUAUAGGCAAAAUUUUUGGUACAAAAAUAUUUUGAACAAGUCAGAAUAUGAUAGUUUAAAUUCUAUAUUAAAUUUAGAUAUAGAUGCUGAUAACGAAAAGGUGGAGAAAAUUUAUUCAGAUGUAGUUUUAUUAUUGAGUGAAAAAAUGACGCAAGAUAAAGAUUUACUGUUUGCAAAAGAAAAACUAGAAAGAUUAAAAAGUAGUUAUGAUGCAGAAAUUCAAAGAAAAUUACAACAAGAAAUGGAAUUAUCAAAAAAAUUAGAAGAUAAAAGAAAAGCAGUACAGUUUAUAAUAGAUAGAUAUAAUGAAUAUACUUGGUUUGAUAAAAAUUCUCCCAAAAAACAUUCUUUUUAUAUACUGGGAAUAAACCCAAAAGUAAUAACUGAAGAACAAUUAAAAAGUUUUGGAAAAAGAUUAAAGCAUAUAUUGCAUCCAGAUAAGGAGCCAGAUAAAGAAUGGAAAAAAAAAGCAGAGUCAGCUUUUAAAGAAGCAUCGUUAGCUAUUUUAGGAUGCCAGCAAGAAUUUAAAACAAAAGUUUUAAAGAAUUUAGAAGUUGGUCCUCUUGCCCCAUACUUAUCCUUAAUUGGAAUAGAUAUUAAUCAAAAUGAAACAGACGAUAAAUUGAAUUCUAACCAUAACAAUAUAAAUGGAAUAAAUAAUUUACACAAUGGAGCUUUACCUCAAUAUUACCCAACGCAAGCAUAUUAUCCCAAAUUUGAUUUAAAGUGUGUAGAUCAAAAAAUAGGAACAAUACUUGUAGAUAUUAAAUGUCCAUUACAACUAGGAAUAAUUAAGAAAGUCAUUUUAUAUGUACAUAGACCAAUAUAUGGAAAUGAACCAAUGAAUUUAGUUCCUGAUGAUUCUUUUUUGUCAUAUAAAAAAGAACAGAAUGUAAAUAUAAAAAACUUGAAUCAAUCAAUAGAAACUAGAGUUGAUUAUGUUCAACCCCUAGAGAUUGCUUCCUCUACAAAGUAUUAUAUAGGAAUUCAAUUAAUAGCCGAAAGGGGUAAUACUAUGAUUAAUUGGAAUUCUAUUAACAUAACAUUGCAUAAAUUUAGUAAUAAAAACAUCAUUAAAAAGUUAUUAUCCUCAUUUAAAAAUGCGCCAUUCAUUAAUCAAUCUCAAUUAAAUGCCACUUUAUCCAGUGAAAACAAAGAGGAAAUGACAAAAUUUUUAAAUGAGUGCAUUACUGCAGCCAAAAAAUGGGCACAAACAGUUUAG